GACGACGGCGGACGGCGCCUGCAGUACGGGGUACCUAACGUCAGCGGCGGUCAGUGUGCCCCGAGCUUCCGAGUAGAGCGGAGUGAACUUGGUCGUGAUUAGUGACAGUGCAUGUGUUUGUGUGUGCUCUAGACUGCCAGCGGGUUCAGUUAGCUGCGUGCCCACUGUUCAGUAAACCGUUACGGUCGGGUCGGCGACCGCGCGAGCAUGAAUGCGCGCACACCACUCCUGUGCUCCCGAAUCCGACUGUGACAACCUGACCGGAACCCACUAGGCCAUGCGAGGAUGUGUCGCGCGGUGGUGUGGAGGUCGGCCGCGCGCGCGCUACGUGGCGGCGCUGCUGGGCUGGUCGGCGCUGCUCGCGCUGGCCCUGCCCCGGCUGCAGAGCGUGCCCCGGGCCCCGGCCCGCGCGCCCGCGCCGCCCGCCCGCCUGCUGCUGCAGUCGGAGCUGUCGGCGUCCACGCCCACGCCCUCGCCGCCUGCCGGGGCGGCCGCGCUGCCCGCCACUGACACGCGCGUGCUGUCCGAGGAGCAGCUGCGCGCUGAGGCCGAGCGCCGCCUGCCCUCGCUGCCGCUCGCCUACUGGCACAAGCACAAGGACGACAAGAACAAGUACUACAAGAAGAAGGAUUGCGCGCCCUUCCCUUCCAUCUACGACCUCGAGUUCCAUAACACCUACUGGCAGACGCUGCGAGCCAAAGGCGACGUAUUUCAUUUGUACGGCGCGUACAUGGACGCGCGCAACGCGUCGCGCAUAGGACCCGCAGUGCGCGUGUUGGCCGUUCAUGAUCGCAUCAAGCCCACCCUGGCCACUCACUGCCAGCUCUGGUUCGAAGAGCGCGAGGCGCCGGUCGUGGUACGAAAUCUUGAGUACAAGUACGUGUGGAACAGCAAGUGGGGCAAUUACCGCGACGGGCCGUUGCAGCCUUACCUGCUGGCUUGCGUGCUGCCCGCCGAGGUGCGUCACCUGGUGCCCGCCUCCGUGUCCAUAGUGGCCAAUCCCUGCGACCGCGCCACCAACAACCUGCGAGUGCACAACGACCGCCCGCCCACGCCGGCUGACCGAAAGGAGUUCGCCGUGUGUGUGAAAGGUUUAGACUUCCUCCAUGAGGAUCUCUCAGUGCGCUUAGUUGAGUGGAUCGAGCUGAUCCGCAUGCUGGGCGCCCACAAGAUAUUCUUCUAUGAGCUGCAGGUGCACCCGAACAUUACGAAAGUGCUAGAUCACUACAAUGCGCUCGGGGUGACCGAGGUGACGCCCGUGACGCUGCCUGGCGGCCAGCCCAACCUGCCGGGGCUGCAGCACAUGUACCUCAAGAAGAAGACUACCCACAAACGGCAAAUGGAGCUGAUCCCGUACAACGACUGCCUGUACCGGCACAUGUACCAGUACCGCUGGUUGGCGCUACUGGACAUCGACGAGGUGAUCGUGCCGCUGGAGGACGCCGACUGGAGCGCGCUCAUGCGGCGCGCGCUGCCGCUGUCAGUGCCGGCGCAGGGCAAGCCACCGCGCUCCUCGUACCACGCCUCCAACCUGUACUACCUGGACUCGCUGCAGCACGAGCACGCGUGGGAGGAGGGCGUGCCCCGCUACAUGCACAUGCUGCAGCACGUGUACCGCACGCGCAACUUCACGAAGCCGGGCCAGUACGUGAAGGCAUUCCACGAGACGGACCGCGUGCUGGCGCUACACAACCACUUCCCGCUGGCCUGCCUGGGCGGCGCCUGCUCGUCGUACGCGCUGGACACGCGGCACGCGCGUCUGCAGCACUACCGCGCCGACUGCGUCACGGCGCUCAGCAAGUCGUGCGCCCAGCUGCGCGCGCAGCCCGUGCGCGACACGGCGCUGUGGCGCUGGCGCGAGCCGCUCGUGGAGCGAGCCACGCGCACUCUGCACGCGCUCGGCUUCCUGCCGCCCGAGCCGCACCGGUGACGUCACUACCGCGCCGACUGCGUCACGGCGCUCAGCAAGUCGUGCGCCCAGCUGCGCGCGCAGCCCGUGCGCGACACGGCGCUGUGGCGCUGGCGCGAGCCGCUCGUGGAGCGAGCCACGCGCACUCUGCACGCGCUCGGCUUCCUGCCGCCCGAGCCGCACCGGUGACGUCACUACCGCGCCGACUGCGUCACGGCGCUCAGCAAGUCGUGCGCCCAGCUGCGCGCGCAGCCCGUGCGCGACACGGCGCUGUGGCGCUGGCGCGAGCCGCUCGUGGAGCGAGCCACGCGCACUCUGCACGCGCUCGGCUUCCUGCCGCCCGAGCCGCACCGGUGACGUCACUACCGCGCCGACUGCGUCACGGCGCUCAGCAAGUCGUGCGCCCAGCUGCGCGCGCAGCCCGUGCGCGACACGGCGCUGUGGCGCUGGCGCGAGCCGCUCGUGGAGCGAGCCACGCGCACUCUGCACGCGCUCGGCUUCCUGCCGCCCGAGCCGCACCGGUGACGUCACCCGCCCGCGCGCCCCGAAUACGCUUACUCCAUUCUACUAUUAUUAUAAUUAUAUUUAGGAGUUAAUAAAAUUAUUUUAUAGUUUCUCCUUGUUUUCUUCUUUAAAGAAUUUUGAGAAAACUUUGACGGAAAUAAUUAAGUACCCAUGAGACAGUACAAAAUGCCUUUGAAAAUAAUAUAGUUGCCUACCUACCAUCUAGAUGAUUUCUUCGAGAAUGGCAGCGAUAAACUGUCACUGGUGAAGAUGGAAUGAUUGCUUAUAACUUUAAUUCAAAGAAAAAAGAAUUAUUUACUUGAAUUCAUCUCAUAGAAAACGGAAAUGUCUAAGGUAAAAACCAAAUAAUAGGGGUUUUGAAAUCGCCAUUUUAUACUGACGAUUACAAAUAAUUUUUGGAAAUUAAUCGUAUAUCAUGAUAUAAGUGAGCUAAGUCCGGGCCGCAGGCGAGGGCGUAAGUCAGCCGAGUGUCUAACGUAAGCAGAGUACGUUGCUCACGAGUUUCAUACGCACUUUUUCAACACAUUUGCGACAUAUUGUACUGCAUAGAUUUUAAACUAUCGUUAGCAACUAAGUACGUUUCUCUAGAUUUUGCAUGUAUUAUUAGCCUUUCGUUAGCAUUUUAUACUGCAUUUAGUAUUGCUGGCGAGGUGUUCUUCAUUUUCUGUACAAAAUGAAAAUAUGUUAAAACAAAUUACUAUGAAUUAUAAAUACUUUAUUUGAUAAUCAUACAUGUUUUAUCGUCCUAAUUAGGGACAUUUAUUUAUUCUAAACAUGUAAAUGGAUUUUCAGCGGCAUAAACCUCUUUGUUGUUACAAAAAUAAACUGUAUUACCCGGUUUAAUUGAAAAUGGUCUGUUUACUCUCAUAUAAUUUGCAGUUAAGUACUUACAUAACUUUGUAGGGAUAAUUCUAUUACGCACUAGUGUGUAAUAUUAUAAAUGCACGCGUGUGCUUGAGUACGAUUUACAGCCCUAAGGACGAUGUUAUAAGGCUCAUUUUACGAGCGAGUGUGUUGAAAAAUAUAUUUUUUAUUUAAUCGAAGUAAGAAGACUGUUAGCGCCAUCUAUAUCGUGGAGGUGUGACUGAACCAAACGAGUGAAGUAAGCACCGAGCCACGGCAUAGCCGUAGCCAUCUUCAGGCGGUAGCAUCGCAUAACGAUGAAAGAAUAUACGUAAUUAUAAGACAUGAAGACACAUCUCGCUGAACCUUUGUAGAAGCAACAAGCCAUUUUUAUUAAACCUGUUAUUUACUAUUAUUAAUUGUAAACGAGAAAUAAAGUAAUUUCUGUA